UAUCUAUAGCGCGGGGAGGGAGCUGCCUAGAUUAGCCCUGCAUCUGCUGGGCUUUUGCCCGGCCGUGCUCAGGCUGAGGGAUUCCCGGGCCGGGCUCGCCGGGAUCUCCCUCCCAGCGGAGCCGUUCCAGCUGUGCCGCCGUUCGCUGCCCGCCUGCCCCCUCCGCGGCCACGCGCUUCGCCCGAAGGCUCAGCUCCCCCCAAUCCCCCUUGCUUUCUCCUGCCCUUCUUCAGGGCUUUCCCCGUACGCCGGGCUGCAGUGGGUCCCACGGAGGGUGGGUUUGGGGCGGAUGCUCGGCGUCACCGCAGCCUGACCUCCGCCCUGGGGCUGCCGUAGCAGGGGCCGUGUCCCUUUAACGAGGCAGGGCUUGAAGCUUGUGCCGCUGGCACAGGGAUGGAGCGGCGGUGAAGAGCCGGUGCCAGAGCGGCUGCCUGCAACGGGAGGGGCGGUGGCAUCCGUGAGCGCAGACCCCGACCAGAGCAGAGGGAAUCGCUCCGGUCAGAAGCUUGGUGCGGCUCUUGUCGGUGCUGAGCCCCCAAUCCCUGUGUCAUCGUCCUCCAGGUAAGGCCCGGGGGGGUUGGGUUGCGGUGCCCUAGGUUUGUGUGAUCGUGAGGUGAGGUGGUGAGCCGUGCAAGUGCUGAGAUCACCGCCCCAGCGGGACCUGCACUGCUGGUAACUGCCCCAGGGCAUCAGUCCUUGGGCUGUGCCAAAAAUGACCGCUGGCCACCGGUGGGACCCUUUGUCAGAGCUGCUUGCUAGGAUUGUUCCCAUGCUGAGAGAGAUCCAUGGGGUUGGGAUGCUUUUAUUUUUGGGGUUGCACUGAGGGGAAGUUCCCUGGCAUGGGGCUGUGGUUUUCUAGGGGUUUAGUGGGAGGGAGUGUGAGGCAGAGCUGGAGGGAGCUCUGAGCUGAGCCAGCUGCAGUGUGCUCGGUUUGGGGCUGUGAUGGGGCACCAUCUCUGUGGGGCUGCCAUUUCCCGUGCCCAGACUGAGCUCUUCUAGGUGCAGUUCUGACAACUUUACAGCUGCUCAUAGCAGGGAGAGUGAGGAGGGGGCUGCAAAGUGCUGGAGGUGGGGAGGGGUACUGGUGGUGAUUCUGCACUGGGCACCAUUUGCUGUUCUGGAGGCUGAGGUCGUGGUGAGGAGCAGCUCUGCUUUUAUUCAUCACCUCGGGGCUUAGAGCAACACACGGGGCCAGAUGGGCCCUGUUUACCCUGCGAGUGUAAAUGCAAAGAGAAGUGAUAAAAAGCAGCUGGAACAGCUUCUGCUGGCAGUCCUGGUAAACAAGGCUGCGUGGCAAGGCAAAUAGCGGGCACGUUGCUGAGCACUGAGCCAGGCUCCUUGGGAACUGAUGGGAGAGCUUCGGGGUGAGCCCAUCCCUGAUGGCUCCAGGCAAUGGAGCUGGGGCUGUCCCUGUCUGAGUGCUGCUCCCACUGCUGACCCAGAAUGAGUGCUUCCCUCUUCCCGUGUUGGGGUUAGAAUGGAGUUACUGUGAGGGGUAGGGUUACGGUAAGGAUUUGUGUUGGGGUUAGGGUUAAGUUUAGCUUUAGGAUGUAGUCAGGCUUAAGGUUAGAGUUAGGAUUAGUCUUAGGGUUAGGAUAGGGUUAGGGUCAGUUAUAGGGUUAGGGAUAGCCACAUGCGUGCAUCCCUCUGCUUCCCCCUCCCCUCUGUGCUUCCCAUCAGUGCAGCACUGACCUUGUUGUUAAUUAUUAAACCCCCAGCAAACACCGCACUCUGUUGUGUCCUAGUUACGCCGUGGGCUUCUUGUGCAUCUUUUUUCUUUUUUUUCCCCAAGCAAAUUACCCUGGUAACCUCUGUGGGUGGAUGGAGAUAGGAGUGGCAGAUGCUCCUCUCCCCGCCAGCACAGGCGAUGGGCUGCAGAGGCUCUGGGGCUGCCGAGCUGCUUUGUGUGGCCAGGAGACAGGGAUGUGUGGCCGUCUGUUUCUGGCCAUGUGGGCUCUCAUGGCUCCACAGGGCUGAGGUUUGGCUCCAGAGCAGAGAUUUGGGUUCAGGUCUGUGUGUGUCCCUUUGUUGGUGUGCGUGAGCCCCUUCUCUACAGACCCCCUCCCAGCAUCUCAUCCUGCAGCCGUGCUGAGGGACCAAGGGACCAUGCCAGGUCUGUACGUGCUCUCCUCCUGGGAGGCUCUGCCCCUGAAGAGCUCCAGGGUGAAGGCAUGCGCCAAUGGGUACGUGCUGAGCAUCACUGCCCAGCUCCUGUACACCAACCCACGUGAAGAGCCCGUGGAAGGUGUCUUCAUUUACCCGCUGGAGGAGUCAGAGCUGGUGGCUGGCUUUGAGGCAGUGGUGGGCAGCCGGCGGGUCACCUUCCAGGUGCAGAGCCGGCACCGGGCGCAGGAUUGCUGCCUGCAGUGCGGCAGCAGCCCAGGGCGGCCGCGCCGCUGUGCCAGCGGUCACCUCGUCCUGGAUGAGGACACCGAGCGUUCCACCUUCGUCAUCAUCACAGGCUUAGUGGGGCCGGCGGAGAGCCUGGCCGUGACCCUAAACACAGUGCAGGAACUGCCCACGCUGCCGGGGGGGGCCCUGCGCCUCGUCCUGCCCCCCGUCCUUGUGCCACGUGUCGCCACCGCCCCCGAGCGUGAGAGCGAGCCGGGAAGCUUGUGUGACGACAGGUUGGCCCUAUGCCCCACCAGCUGUUUUGGGGGACCUGGGGCAAGGAGCCAGCCUGCACCCGCAGCACCUGUGGAGAGCACAGAUGUCUUCAGGGGACAGCCCUACAACCCCUUUCCUUACGAGUUUGCUUUUGAGCUGCUGGUGAAGGGCCCGUGCCUGCUGGCAGGCCUGGAGAGCCCAACCCACGCGCUGCGUGCCGAUGCCGACCCCUGGGCCAGCUCUGCCACCACCACCUGCGUCACCCUGGCCGAGCAUCACCACUAUGACAGGAACGUGGAGAUCAUCCUCUACCCCUGUGAGCCCCACCAGCCCCACCUGGUGAUGGAGGAAGGCACCAUGACGUACCCAGAGUAUGAGGCACACAUCCGGAGCCGCCGGGACUACGUGCGGAUAGCCAGGAGGGACGGCAGUGGGGAGAGACAGGUGGCUUUUGUGCAGAAGCGUUUCCACAAGGACAUCUUCCACAACCCUGUGCUGAUGCUCAACUUCUGCCCGGAGGUGGAGGCCACCCCAGGGGCCCUGCAGAGUGUCACCCGCGAGGUCCUCUUCCUCAUAGAUCGCAGUGGAGCCGUGAGCGGCCCUGAUGUUGACAGGGUCAAGGAAGCGCUGCUGGUGGCCCUGAAGAGCCUCCCCCCAGGAACUCUGCUCAACAUGGCAACCUUCGGCACCAACCUGCAGCCUCUCUUCCCCUCCAGCCGCCUCUGCAGCAAUGAGACGCUGCAGAGGGCCUGCUGCUACCUGGGUGAGCUGCGGGUGGCUGCGGGCAGCCCUGACCUCCUGGCAGCGCUGAGUUGGGCGCUGGCACAGCCCCUGCACCAUGGGUACCCCCGGCAGCUCUUCCUGUUCACCGCGGCAGCGGCAGUGGGUGACAUGGGCCGCAUCCUGCAGCUGGUGCGCAGGCAGGCCAGCACCGUCAGGUGCUUUAGCUUUGGGAUGGGCCCGCGGGCAUGCCGGCGACUGCUGACAGCCAUAGCCAAGCUGAGCCGUGGCCGCGCUGAGUUCCUGGACCUGUCUGAGAGGCUGCAGCCUAAGCUCAUCAAGGCCCUGAAGAAGGCGAUGGAGCCGGCCGUCAGCGACAUCACCAUCGACUGGUACGUGCCUGACAGCACUGAGGCUCUGCUCUCCCCCACUGAGAUCGCAGCGCUCUACCCCGGGGACCGGCUCAUCAGCUACUGCACCCUGUACAGCAUCGCCCGGUUCCGGGACCAGCGCCCUGCGGGCCGGGAUGCGGCUCGCCGGGGCUCAGCUGUCCCAUUGCAGGUGGAGGUGCCCACCCCAGGGGGCACACGGCUGUCCCGAAGCUCCAGAGAGACCUCCGUGGAGAUCUCAGCCAUUGGCACAGAGGAGUCGGAGCGCAGUGCUGACCUCACUUCAGGGGGAGACAUCUGGAAGCGUAUUUACCAGCCCUCCUACAUCCAGGAGCAGUACGUCCUGACGCACUGCUCGGUCAGCACGGAGCGCAGCCAGGGACUGCUGUCCCGCAGCUCCACCAGCAGUGAGUCCACUGGUUCCCGUGAUGUGGCCCCUGACAGCAGCUCUGCAGCCCCUGACACUACCUCCCAGCAAGGCCAGAAGAGCCUGUCCCUCUGUGAGUCCUCCACCAAAUCUGCCCCACUGCCCUCGGCUCCUGCUGCCAUCAAGGUAAGGAACGCACCGGGGCUUCUCCCUAUCUGUCUGGGGCCUUGUCACACCACUGAGCCUGGAUGUGGGGAUGUUAGGUUGGAAGCUGGAGGGCCAUGGCCUGCAUUUAGCCAGGGUCAGCUCUGGAUGUUGACAGCAAGCUCCUCAGAUGGGUUUGUCUUGCUGGAACUAGAGAGCUGGGGACUAAAGAGCCAGUCCCCGCCCAGAGCUCGACCUGCACUCCGUGCCGCUGAGCCCCGGCUCGCCAUGAGCUCCCCGCAGGUGCCGGUGUCACUGAGCAGCGAGGAGCUGGCACGGCAGCAGAAGGCGCUGGCACGAGCUGCCCUGGCCGGCCGCAGCUUCUCCUCACCACACGGGGAGCUGGAUGCACGCCGGCUCUGCCGUGCCCUGGAAAAGGUGUCCCAGAAGAGGAACCAGUCUGUGGAGGGGCAGCUGGACCAGCUGGGCCCCAGGACACCGCGGCUGCAGCGCAGCACUGGGGAGUCAAAUAACCUCCUGUCACCGACCCACCUGGACUGGGACAUGCUGGUGGAGCCCUCUUACCUCUUCAGUGCAGUGGUGCCCGAGGCCAAAGAGCCCGGUCAGGGUGAUCCCUGCCUGCCCCUACGCUGCCACGUAGUGAUCCACGGACUGCACGCAGGCCAGCCUGUGUCCUGGGAGGUGACGGCCUCACUGGAGGCCCUGCUGCAGCCACGAGAUGGGGUGGGCAGUGAGGAGCCCCUGCGGCAGGUGGCCACAGCAGGGGAGAAACCAUUGCAUGGCUUGGCAGCACGGUCCGUCAUCCAGGACAGCGAAAAGGCGGCACAGCGUGAAGCUGAGCUGGAGCAGGGUUUCGCCCGCCGCUUCCGCCUGAAAGCCAUGCAAACCAGCAAAGCCUGCAACGUGCCUUCCCUGUACACAUGCGUGGUGCCUGUGGAUGGGGCCACACGGGUGGUGCUGCCCGCAGCCCCGCAGGUGUGGAGCACAGCCACACGCAGCACAGGCAUGGCGGGGAGCCGGCAUCGCCGGCAACGGGAUAUGGAGGAGCGGGAGGCUCUCAUUGGUGCAGAGAGGGAUGAGGUCCCUGGGUCUCCGGUUAGUGCCUCCUCUGCCACCUCUGGCUGGGAAAAGCAGAACGGCUCUCACGGGCUUCCAACCAGCCCCUCGGGCUCCUCCAUGGCCUCCCGGAAAUCCACAGAGAGCAUUGCUGGCUCCAGGUUCAGCCUGACCAGGCGCAGGGGGCCCAGCCUAAUGCUGCGACCACAGUGCCUCAGCCCUGAGAGCGAGUGCUCCAGCACGGCCGCCAGCCACAACUACCUUCCUCUGGUGCAGUUACAGCAAGCACGGGGGCUGUUCCAGCUCACCGAGACCUUUUCUGAAGUGGUGCAGAUCCCCCUAGACCGCCUGCGCCGUGCCUCACCCUAUGCCUCCCACCGUGCCAGCCUCAGCCCCACAUCCCCCGUGGCCAAGAGCAGCCCCGGGGCAGGGCUGUGCACCGAGGGCGAGGAGCAAAUUGCAGCCCCGGAGCCUGGCUCACCCCAGUCCCACAGCACUUGCUCUGAGGUGCCCAGUGCAGCCGUGUGGGCGCAGGCAGACAGCGGACAUGGCUCCGAGUCUGACACCGCCCCCCAUUCGGCCGCCCCAUCAGAAGCGGGCUGGCAGGACGUGGGGCUGGAGGACCUGGAGAGUGCCAGCUGGGCCACGGCCGUGGCCCUGGCGUGGCUGGAGCAUCGCUGUGCCGGCUUCUUCGAUGAAUGGGAGCUGGUGGCAGCCAAGGCAGAUGCGUGGCUGCAGGCACAGCAGCUGCCCGAGGGCCUGGAUGUGAGCUGCCUCAAAGGGGCGGCCCGGCACUUGUUCCUGCUGCUGCGGCACUGGGACGAGAACAUCACACUGAACAUGCUGUGCUACAACCCCAACAACGUGUGAUGGCCGCAGGGGCCAUCAAUAAAGCUGCCUGGCUCGGU